AUGGAUGUGCGCAAGAAAGAUUAUAAAGAGUACUAUGAUGAUUUAGACGAAUGUAAUGAAAACCGAAGAAUAAUAUUUGAAGAACGCAUGAAACAGAUUGAAAUGUGGAACAAAGAAUAUGAACAAGGCCUUCACAAUUUUGCACUGGGUCAAACUAUUUUUACAGCUAGGUCUACGGAAGAACGUAAAAGCUUUUUUGCUUUAUUGCCAUACACGGAGAGAUUACGUCAAAAUGCAGGAAUAACGUACAGGUCUCGAUUGCCCAAAACAUUAGAUUGGAGAGAAAAAGGAAUAGUACCCAAAGUUAGAUACCAGUCUAAAUGUGCUGCCUGCUACGCCUUCUCGGUCGUUGAUGCACUGGCAGCUCGAUAUGCCCGCAAAACAGGAGAAUUGAUCCCUCUAAGUGCCCAAAUGAUCAUCGAUUGCACCAAAGACAGUAAGACUGCUAAUAUUUUCUUACUACUCAUUUGA